UUAAAAUAUAUUUGUAACCUAGAUACUGUAGUGGACACAAAUAAAAUGCUUUGUGCAGAUGUAUAAUUCCAGUGUAAGGCAGGACUGCAGGCAGCACAGACUUUGGAACUUAGAGCCUGGUCCAAAUAAAGCGCCCUGCUCCCUUCCCCAGAGAACUCCCUGAUAUUGCUGUUUCCUCCGUCUCUGUCCUCAACUACUUGUCUUCCCCCAUAGUGAAGGCCCUUUAAUGGUGAGGACAGAAGCCCAUUGUUUCCCUAAGUCUACAGCACACAUCAAAGGAGGCUGUGUAAACAUUUGCUCAGUUUUUUGCCCAACGGAUUGAAACUGAAUUGAAGAUGAGCCCUGUUCCUAUCUGCUCUCUGUCUAGGCAGGGAUUGGGUGUGUAAAACGCAUAUGCAUGACUUGGGUAAGCCUGGGACUAUUUUUAUCAGAUGGGUGGGUUCAGCUUCCAUUGAAUUUUGAGAGUUUCCCUGGGGCCAAGAUAUGUAUGGGGAAAUGACAAAGGAGCAGGGAACAGAAGGGGAGACCAUGGUUAUGAGCCAAAAACACUGUAUUUUUUCGUUUCUACUGUUUUACAGCCAUAAGUGGGUGUGCUCACUGCUCCAUCGGACGAAUGAUGAUGCCAGGCACUGAGCUAUAGGCUUGGACUACUCAGGACUCUCUUGUUUGCAAGUGACAGAAAAACCAACUCUAAUUUGUUUGGGGGAAAGCAGAUUUACUGGACAUGUAAUGGAAAAAUCCAGGUCUUGAUGUCAGGCACGACGGAAGGCGGCCUGUCUCUUGACUCCUCUUUCCUUUGGGUCAGCCACAAUCUCUAACAUAGCCUCCCCAGGUGAUGGCCAGAUGGCCACUGGCUGCAUCCUACCUCCUCAACAACCACAGAGGGAAUAAGUUUGAUGGGGCUAAUGGUCUUGUGAUGCUUCCCAUAUAGAUUUUCCCUGUAGGAACCUUUUCUUUUUCUUUUCUUAUAGCUCUAUCCUCUUUCAUGACUCAGCCGUGAGGUGUUAUUAUUGCCCUAAGGGUCAGGGGAAGGUGAGGGUGGGUACCACUCAGAAGCCAAAAUCCACAGAGAGGCAGGAGGGGAUCACCUUCUCCAGAACAGAAGGGAGCACAGAACCUGUCAGGGAUGGGAUGGUGAGGAAAGAGAUGGAGAGAACGAGUCUAGAGAGAGUAUGCCAGGAUCCCUGAGGAGCCUGAGGCCACCUCUGUGCCAGGUGUCAGCCUCGGGAGGAAUGUGGGACACAGACAUCCCAGGUGGGCUGAGGAGGAAGCUGAAAGCAGACAGCACCUGUGCCCCACUUCCUGGUUGGAACUCUGCCCCAGGACGCCCUGUGCCAACGCUGCAAAGUAAAGUGGUGAUGAGGAACAUUUUGUGUGGAAAUGGUUCCACAUGGUGUCCCUGAGUCACCUUCAGUCCCUUUGUGACAGAGAAGGGAUCCAGGAGUGGCCCCAUGUUCCCUGUGGAAGAAGAAAAGGCGGCUGAGAGGGAACCACGCGCUAUGGGGCCACAGUGGCUGGGAGAGCAGGAUGGACAGGUAACUCCAUCCCGCCGAUCAGAAUCAAGCCCAAGGCUUGUUGGGUUGGUUGGCAAAGAGAAGCCAUUUUUCUGGUGGACUUGUGGUGGUGAGGUCGUGAGCCUGGAUCUGCUGGGGUCUCACAUGGCGCCUGAGAGAGUCCAGUGCACAUGAAAGGAAGCAAAGCUGAGGGGGAGUCCCUGGUCUUCAGUCCCCGGAACUAAUCCUAGGCUCUUCAUUUACAUGAGCCGGUCAAUUCUUUUUUUUUUUUUUCUUGUUAAAGCAAGUGUGAGUUGGGUUGUCUGUCAUUUACAGCAGAAGGUGACCUGGCUAACCCCUAUAGGGAAGAGGGAGGCAGCUCCAGCAAGGGAUGGACCCUGGAACUAGUGGGAGAACCAUCAGGAGGAACCUGGAGCAGGAAGAAGUGUUGGGUAUGGAGGUGGGGACUGAGAGUCACAUGGGAAAGUCUCUGUGAUGCUGAAGAGGACAGGUGUCUUUGUGCUGGGAGAUACAUGGUUCACUGGGAGGGGCUGUGUCAGCAGUCAGGACAGGAUGGAGCUGAGGACAGGGUAGCAUCACAGGAAUGAGGUGAGAAAGGCAGGUUUGCUGGGUUUGGAAGCAAACACUGACUGGACACUGAGCCUUCAGGUGAGGAAGACACCCAGGUGGCUGGGGGAAUGGUUAGAUCACAGGGUAGAUGAGUUUGGGAGCUGGGAACAGAAUUUGGUAAAAGAAGUCCUGGUUUGAGAUGGGAAGUUCAAAGCAGAAAACCAGAGAGUAGGUAGAAAUGUGGGUAAAAUAUGUGGGCAUAGAACAUGGGUUUGGGAGCCAUGAAUACAGGAGUGAAAUUAGAGGCCAGUGACUAGCUCCUCCAGAAAGUGUGCCUGGAAGGUAAAAAUCAGUGUCUAUUUUGCUCAAGGCCACAUAAGGCAUACAAGUGUCACUGCAGACUUCUGACACCAUUUGAAAGAAAUGUAUGGCAUCAAAUCAAGCUCAAUUCUCCGAUGCCUGAGUUAUAGAAAUAGGUCAAAUGCUGUGUCAAUCUUCAGCAGCUUCCGAGGAAGCCGCGAGGCAGGGAGGCAGGCUUUGGGGAUGGCUACUUCUCCGGGAAGCCUGCAGCCCAUCCCGAAACAGAGUGGCAGCCAGGUCUCCACGGGGCCGGAUGUGGUCGGCACCGGAAGAGAAGCGUGGAGUAGGUGAAGGGGGGAUGGGGGACGUGGUGGCGAGAAUCGUGGCAGAUUGCGUCCACGCGGCAGCAGCCACACAGCAGUGGCGGACCACAAACAUACGCGCCCAGCCUAACGCCGUGAUCAAAGCGGCGCCAGGCCACGCACACGGCCCAAAUGCACCCACACUAGGGGCCCAGCCCGGGGCCGGGUUUGGGCGCCCCGGCCUAGACGUGCGUCGGAGUAAUCCCUGAUCCCCAGUCCCGCGUUGUGAGGCGCGCAGAAGCCCUGCUUGCAAUGUGGCCGCGGUGCCUGCGCACUCAGACGCCCGUUACCGUAGCUUCCCCUCGCCGGGGGCUCUGCAGACUGGCCAGUCUUUGGGGGCUGCGUUUGGCAUCAAAGAGUCAACGGUCCUCUCUGCAGCCCCUGCUGCGCCCUUCUCCCCAGUCGGGCAGCAGGGCCUCCCUGCCUCCCCGCCUCCCCGCCUGCGGGGCGGAGCUCUAGGGCGCCUGGCGUGGGGCGGGCCGAGCGCAGACCGCGGCGAGGUCUACAGGGGGCGCUGUAGACCUGGUGGGACAACUGUCCCGCGGUCUGUGCGCGCGAUCCGUGCGCGCUGUCCUUACCACCCUAAGCGCCAGGCGGAGCCGAAUCUGCACGGAUCCGCGGAGCCGUGGAGCCGCGAAGCCGGAGGCGGGCCGGGCCGGGACCAUGGACGGAUGUCUUGCAUGUCCACCAAGAAGGCUGCCUGUCACCACGCCAGUGACUCAGAGACUGCAAAGGGGGAAGAAGGAAGGUCACAGUGCGACCACACAUAUUACCUCCAGUCACUACUCACCGUCCAGAGCUUGAUUAUGGCAUGUUCCCGAUCUGAGGUGAAACCAUGAAGAGGAGAUAGAACAAAUAAUAAUGCUUUUCCGCAAUCGCUUCUUGCUGCUGCUGGCCCUCGCUGCGCUGCUGGCCUUCCUGAGCCUCAGCCUGCAAUUCUUCCACCUGAUCCCGGUGUCCGUGGCUAAGAAUGGAGUGAGUAGCAAGAGCCGAAAGAGGAUCAUGCCCGAUCCUGUGACGGAGCCCCCUGGGAGAGACCCGGUGUACGAAGCUCUCUUGUACUGCAACAUUCCCAGUGUGGCUGAGCGCAGCAUGGAAGGUCACGCUCCACAUCAUUUUAAGCUGGUCUCAGUACACGUGUUCAUCCGACAUGGGGACAGAUACCCACUGUAUGUCAUUCCCAAAACGAAGCGACCAGAAAUUGACUGCACUCUAGUGGCUAACAGGAAACCAUAUCACCCUAAACUGGAAGCUUUCGUUAGCCACAUGUCAAAAGGAUCCGGAGCCUCUUUUGAAAGCCCCUUACACUCCCUGCCUCUUUUCCCCAAUCACCCGCUGUGUGAGAUGGGAGAGCUCACCCAGACAGGAGUCGUGCAGCAUCUGCAGAAUGGCCAGCUGCUGAGGGACAUCUAUCUGAAGAAACACAAACUCCUGCCCAGUGACUGGUCCCCAGACCAGCUUUACUUAGAGACCACCGGGAAAAGCCGGACGCUGCAAAGUGGGCUGGCCCUGCUUUAUGGCUUUCUCCCAGAUUUUGACUGGAAGAAGAUUUAUUUCAGGCACCAGCCCAGUGCUCUCUUCUGCUCCGGAAACUGCUAUUGCCCAAUGAGAAACCAGUAUCUGGAAAAGGAGCAGCGUCGGCAGUACCUCUUACGCUUGAAGAACAGCCAGCUGGAGAAGACCUACGGGGACAUGGCCAAGAUCGUGGACGUCCCCACCAAGCAGCUUCGAGCUGCCAACCCCAUAGACUCCAUGCUCUGCCACUUCUGCCACAAUGUCAGCUUCCCUUGCACCAGGAAUGGCUGUAUUGACAUCGAGCACUUCAAGGUGAUCAAGACGCAUCAGAUUGAGGAUGAGAGAGACAGGCAGGAGAAGAAACUGUAUCUGGGGUAUUCGCUCCUGGGCGCCCACCCCAUCUUGAAUCAGACCAUCGGCCGCAUGCAGCGUGCUGCCGAGGGCAGAAAAGAAGAGAUCUUUGCCCUGUACUCUGCUCACGACGUCACUCUGUCACCAGUUCUCAGCGCCUUGGGCCUGACGGAAGCCAAGUUCCCAAGGUUUGCGGCCAGGCUGAUCUUCGAGCUCUGGCAGGACAGAGAGCAGCCCAGGGAGCAUUCUGUGCGGAUUCUUUACAAUGGUGUCGAUGUCACGUUCCACACCUCUUUCUGCCAGGACCACCACAAGCGUUCUCCCAGGCCCAUGUGUCCCCUUGAAAACUUAGUCCGCUUUGUCAGAAGGGACAUGUUUGUGGCCCUGGGUGGUGGUAGUACCAAUUAUUAUGAUGCAUGUCACCGGGAAGGAUUCUAAAAGAUACACAGUCCAGCACUUACAGAAUCUAUGCCGAUACAGAGGGAUGGGAAAGGUACGCCUCUAGUUCAGUUCUUUGCUAAGGGUACAAGGUGAUCGAUUUUCAAAGGCUAGACAUCAUGCUUGAGAGCCACAGAGAUGGUUUGGGUUGAACAGUGAGUGCAUUGGUGGGUUCAGGUACGUGAGUUACUUGAUACACAAUAGCCAAUCCACAGAGAAUGGAAGGUACUUUAUCACAGCCAGACUGCACUUACAAUGCCAGGAUAUUUUAAUGCUCGAAGUCGCCAACCCAGAUAUGUAUUCUUUUGAUCUGCCAUGGCCCUUACCGUACGAUGGAACCAGCAAAUCUCGGCCCAAAUGUUCUUCAUCUGGGACCACCUCACCUUGUCCUUGUUGAGUGCAAACUUUCCCGAAAUGAGUUACGUAAAAUAGGACUUGGCAAACUUUUUCAGGAAAGGGCCAGGUAGUAAAUAUUUAAACUGUGCACACCAAAAGGCCACAUACAGUUUCUGUCACAGCCAUCCAGUUCUGCUCUUCUCAUGUGAAAGCGACCACAACCAACACAUCCCCUAAAACAGGCCAUGGGGCAGGCUGGCCCCUGGGCUAUAGUUUGCUGAGCCCUGACCUAAAAGACAGGCUCUGCUACAAUUGCAUGCUGAGUACUUUGAGAGCCAGUUGGGUAUCACCAAUUAUUACAUGGUGUCUCCAGUAACCUCUGCUAAAAACACAGAAUUUGGUCUGUAUGACAACAAAACAAUGGGAAAAUGUUGAACUAGAAGGAACCAUAGAAGAAUUAUAAUACUACUUGAUAUCCAUGAUGAUUGUGGUAUAAGAUAGUUUUAAGGAUGUUUAAAUAUUUGUCUGCUGUAGUCUAUUUGCUGUAUAUGCUGAACUUUUUGUAUUCCACUUAGUAUUUUUAUAGUCUAGGAAAAUAUUUUCUGAGACCAGUUUUAGAUGUGCUCUUAUUCCAAUGUAGUAUUCAGUGUAUUGUGCCUGGCUGAUAUUUCGAUGGGAGUGAGAAGCUGAGCUGAGGCACUUGCUUCUGAUAAAAAUGACUUACGGUUCGUUCCCUUGGACAAGCUGUAGAAUUGGAUCAACUUUUAAACCUUCUCUGCGAGUUUUAAAGGGUAAAUUCUACUUGAUUUUUAAAUAAGUUUUUGGAAGAACUUUGUUACUAGAUAGUUAAAUCAUCUUUAUUGGGUAUUUUAUAGAGUAGAAGCAAUUAUCAUUGAAUCUGUGGUUUCUGAACAAACGGUGCUAGUUCUGUGGGGAGACCUGUAACAUGCAAGUGAGACACUCCAGUGCCGUCGUAUCUGGGCUUUUUGUUUCCACCCCGUGUUGCGUUUAAAUACAUCUCUGUUUCUAUUAAUAAAUUUUUGAUGAAUAUUUGUACGUACCACUAACGGUCUGUGCCUACGAGUCACUCUAGUUCUUUUCAAGCGAGUGCCAAUAUUUUGAAAUUUUAUCCUUUUUUUGUAUAAAUAGUUUUCUAGUUGAAAACGUGUAGAGCAGGGAGAGCCAGGCCCCGUGGCCCCUGUGGUCGGGACCGGCCGCACUGCGCCCAGUGGGGACAACGGAGAGGAGCCGGAGCUCUGCUUCCUUCCCUGCAGCAACUUCAGUGCUUGCUGGCCAGGACGACGCGUCACAGCCGGUGGCCUUGGACUGGGUUAAAAUUUAGCUUAACUGCUUCUAUUAUUGCUGACAAUCUUGUGUUGUCUCUCGACUAUUUAAAGCCUAAACGGGUUUUUUUUUUUUUGCUUCUUAUUCACAGUAUCUGAUUUAGAACUGCUAAAUACAGCUUGAGAAAAUAAAAGUGAGUCAGAUGUUUUAAAAAUUAGUUUGCAACAUCUGUUGGUAAAGGUAGAUAUAUUGGAUAAGACUCCACAUUAAAAGUGUACUUACAGGUUUGGCCUCUGUGGUGAAAAAAACACCUUUUGAGGGACACCGCUUUGUGUUUCUUAAUUGCGGCCUAGGCAUUUUACAGCAUGACAGCCCCCGAGUCUGCACAUGUAGGGAGGAGCUGGAGCUCAGGGUGCCCAUCGUGAGUGCCCGCUUUACUUUUCCAGGGAAUAUUUAAAAUAACUGCUGCGGGGGUGUCCAGCCUGGGGCCCGCAGGCUGCACCCAUCCCAAGAUGGCUGUGAAUGCAGCCCAACACAAAACUGUAAAAUUUCUGAAAAUAUUAUGAGAUGUUUUCAUGAUUACAUAUUGCAAUGUAUUUAAUGUGUGGCCCAAGACAACACUUGUUCUUCCAGUGUGGCCCUGAGACGCCAAAAGGUUGGACACCCCUUACAGUAAAGCCUGCAAAAAGUUAGUGACCUCUGUCCCAGCCACCUUAUCAGGAAUAGGUGCUUGCUGCGCUGCUCUCAGCCUCCUGCUCAUCCCUGACCUGGAACAGAGAACUGCCAUUCCCCCAGCUCCGUUGCA